GGAGGCUCUCCGCUGAGGAAAUUCAAGCUGGUGUUUCUGGGGGAGCAGAGCGUUGGAAAGACAUCCUUGAUCACCAGAUUCAUGUAUGACAGCUUUGACAACACCUAUCAGGCAACAAUUGGCAUUGACUUUUUAUCAAAAACAAUGUACUUGGAGGAUCGAACAAUCAGGCUGCAGCUGUGGGAUACUGCGGGUCAGGAACGGUUCCGUAGCCUCAUUCCCAGUUACAUCCGUGAUUCUGCUGCAGCUGUAGUAGUUUACGAUAUCACAAAUGUUAACUCAUUCCAGCAAACCACAAAAUGGAUUGAUGAUGUCAGAACAGAAAGAGGAAGUGAUGUUAUCAUCAUGCUAGUAGGAAAUAAAACAGAUCUUGCUGACAAGAGGCAAGUGUCAAUUGAAGAGGGAGAGAGGAAAGCCAAAGAGCUGAAUGUUAUGUUUAUUGAAACUAGUGCAAAAGCAGGAUAUAAUGUAAAGCAGCUCUUUCGACGUGUAGCAGCAGCUUUGCCUGGAAUGGAAAGCACACAGGACAGAAGCAGAGAGGACAUGAUUGACAUAAAACUGGAAAAGCCUCAAGAGCAACCAGUCAGUGAAGGAGGCUGUUCCUGCUAAUGCCCCGUGGCAUCUUCAACCCUUCUUCAGAAGCUCACUGCUUUGGCCCCCUUACUCUUUCAUUGACUGCAGUGUGAAUAUUGGCUUGAACCUUUUCCCUUCAGUAAUAACAUAUUGCAAUUCAUCAUUGCUGCCUGUCUCGUGGAGAUGAUCUAUUAGCUUCACAAGCACAAAAAAAGUCAGUGUCUUCAUUAUUUAUAUUUUACAAAAAGCCAAAAGAUUCCAGCAUAUUCCAGUGAUAACUUUAAAUAUUAGACACAUUUUCUUAACAUUUUUUCCUUUUUUAAUGUUAUAAUAAUGUACUUCAAAAUGAUGGAAUUCUCAACAGUAUGAGUAUGGCUUGGUUAAGGAACGAUAUGUUCACAGCAGCACUUGCCUACCUACUUGAUCUCUCCCUCCUUUUCUCACCUCUCCCUUACCCCCAUCCCUAUUGUUACCCUCCCUCCCUUAAAACAAACAAAAGGUGGCAAAGCAGCAGUCAGACCAAGCCCACUGGAAGUAUCCUUCACUUUUACAGAUACCACUUUCUGUAGGCCAUGGGGCUAAGAUGCCCCAAAUUAUUCUUGAGCACUGAUAUAAAUUACUUAGACCUUCUUUGAGGUCAAAACUCAGCUAUUAUGGUGGGCAGUGCUUGAAUGAGAAAAGGGUUCUGGUUCAUCUUCAAAAUGAGUCCUAAUGAACAUUCUGAAUACAAGUAGAGGAACAUAAAAUGUAUUUCUGACCGAAACAAAUGACCCUUUCACAUGUGCUUUAUUAGACUCUGGGAGAAGAGAAAAACCAAGUACUUUAGAACAGAUUUUUAAUAUUUAACUCUUCAUGAUAAAAUUGUAUAGUUCUAAUGAACUGUUUCUCCCAAAAUUUUUAAAUUGUCAAGAUAGGGUUAUUCUGUUUGUUUAAAAAGAAAAAGAGCCAUUUUAAGCAAUAGAAUUCACUUUUUCUUUCUUUUUCAAACAUGCUAUGCAGGCAAGGCAGUAUAAAAGUCUAAUUUCUUUAAGAAGAGCCAGUGGAAGAAUUUAAAUUUGGUACCAUGAUCAAAACUACUGUAACUAGUGGAACUAAUGAUAUCUAAAGCUUACCAACAGAAGAACCCUCAGCAGAAUAGCAAAUACUUUGCUCCGGACGUUUGAGGUCAAAUUGAGGAUGGAAACAGCUUUCUUGUAAGCCCCUGGAGGCAGAUCAGAAAAAGCGUACAUAGAAGAGGGAAAGAAGAGAAUGGAAAUAAAACUCAAUAUUAUGCAGAUUUAUGCCUUAUUUUUUUAACAUUUUUUAAAUGUUGGGUCUUUCAGGCUGGUUUUGCUUUUUAUUAGAUCUGUAUAGUUUGGUUAAUUAACUAGUGAUUUAGUUUUAUAUUUAAGCUACAAUUAAUCUUUUCUUUGGUGAUAUUUAUUUCUCUGCCUUUUUAAAAAAACUAUUUCAGUUUUUAGAUGUUUCUGUUGAAUCUGUUUAGAGCUUCAUCACCAUGGCAAUAUGUUCUUCCCUUAAAACACUGCAAACAAACAUACUAGGAGUGCACCAUUUUAAUCUUUACUAGUUAUUGUGAGAUUGCUGUGUAAGUUAAUAAACACAUUUGUAAAUACAUUGUUUGCAGGAAGAACAUUUCUGAGUUACAGCUCAGGAAAAGCCUGCUGAAUUUAUGUUGUAAGCAUUACUUAACACAGUAUAAAGAUGAAAAGACAACAAAAAUAUCUUCAUACUUCCUUAUCCCCUCAUUGCAACAAAACCCUUAACUGGGAGAACCUUAUUCCCCUCUCUUUCUUCUUCCUCCUCCACUUCCCAGUUAUUGUCAUCUUGUAAUAUUCAGAGAGCACUUGGAUUAUGGACCUGAGUAGAGAAAUGCUUUCAGAUAAUCAUUAGCCCACAUACCAGUAACUUAUACUCAAAGAUGGGAUGGAGUUGUAAAGUGCUUUUAUAAUACAAUAUUGUUGUUAAAGGCAAGGGUUCACUCUUUUGUUUUAUUUUGACAUGGCAUGUCCUAAAAUAAAUAUCAAUUAAAUAUG